AUGAACGAGGAAACUAUCAAAAAAUGGAUGCGCGAAAUUGAACGACGGAGACCUGCAUCGUCUCCUCGUCCUGGACCUGGUGGAUUCUUUGCAGCUGGCGGAGGACUCGCGUUGUUGGUUCUUGGAGGUCUAGCCCUCAACGCCAGCUUGUUCACAGUCGACGGUGGUCACCGGGCGAUCAAAUAUACGAGGCUACAUGGUGUCAAGCAGGAUAUUUACUCCGAGGGAACACAUAUCAACAUUCCUUGGUUUGAGAAACCCAUCAUAUUCGACAUUCGUGCAAAGCCGCGUAUAAUAGCGUCAUUAACGGGCACAAAGGACCUGCAGAUGGUCAACAUUAGCUGUCGUGUUCUGUCUCGACCGUCGAUAGACGCACUCCCGACCAUAUAUAGAGAACUAGGAAACGACUAUGAUGAGCGCGUGCUGCCUUCGAUCGUCAACGAAGUUUUGAAGUCGGUCGUUGCCCAGUUCAACGCCAGUCAGCUCAUCACGCAGCGAGAAAUGGUCUCAAAGCUCGUGCGAGACAACUUGACGAAGCGAGCGCUGCGCUUCAACCUCGUUUUGGAUGACGUUUCGAUUACCCAUGUUGCGUUCUCGCCCGAGUUUACGUCUGCUGUCGAGGCCAAGCAGAUUGCACAGCAGACUGCCUUGCGGGCGGCAUUCUUGGUCGACCAGGCAAUCCAAGAGAAACAGUCGAUUAUUGUCAGGGCACAGGGAGAGGCACGUUCCGCGGAGCUGAUUGGUGAUGCCGUUCGCAAGAACAAGGGGUUUCUCGAACUGCGAAAACUGGAGGCCGCAAGAGACAUCGCGGGCCUGUUAUCUACAAGCGACAAUCGCGUAAUGCUAGACUCUGAUACGCUGUUGUUGAAUGGCAUCAUGGGUGGCAAAGCAUUUGCAUCUUCUCUCGGGUCGUCCGCAGCUUUUCCGCGUAUGAGUCCGGCUGUGUACGCCGCGCUCAAGACGUACGUCGUGACUCGACUCGAACCCGAAUGCGGGCCUGUUCAUGUCGCACCGGAAGACCCUGGAAAGGUCGACUACGGUGAUCUGGACGUGGUCAUCACGCAAGACGCGUAUCGACGCGUCAGCGGCGAUGAAGAUUUUAAAACGAAGACCAAGGAACUCCUUGGUGCACGCCAUACUGUUUCCAAUGGCGACAGUUUCAUCAGCUUGGCCAUCCCUCAAAGCCAGGUCGGUCUCCAGUCAGAUGUCAAACCUGAGGGUCAAGACGAAGCGGAGACGUACUAUCAGGUGGACUUAAACAUGGUUGAAGACGACCAUACUCGCGAAAGGCUACUCUUUUUCAAUUCAUAUGGUGACACGGGCCUCAUCAUUGGCUUGCUCUGCAAGUCCAUCGGUCUCACGUUCUCUCGGAAAGGACUCAAGAUUGCCCGUCGCGAGCAUACCGAGCCUAUCGAGAACCGCCCAUUCAUCUUGGAGCCGUCCGUCGAUCGCAUUCUCAAGUUCAUUGAUCUCGACUACGGGCACUGGAAGCGAGGUUUCAAGACACGCGUGGAAAUUUUCGACUGGCUCAUCUCAUCCCGGUUCGCGACACUGGGCUCUCUCCGCACAGUCUCCCCCACGCAUCUCGACCGCUGGAUGUACAAAGAGUUUUUGCAGUAUAUCGAUCACGAUGCGCAAUGGCCAGAGGGCAGAGUCGCGGCGAACCCAGCCGUUGUCGUGGAAGAGGCGCUCGACGCGUUCGGUAAGCGUGACGAAUAUAACGCACUUGCAAAGUCUAUCGAGACCCGCAAAGCUGUCAGGGCCAAAUUCAACGGUACUCUUGUAACGGAGGUGACAGGAAGGGAAGGGAAAGUCAUUGGGGACAUUCUCAAACACUUCAAACUCAACUUUACGAGUGCAGAUGUCCUUGCAAUGUCAGACGAAAAAAUUCGCGAGACGAUUCUGGCAGUGCAGAAGGAAUGGGAUGCGAAUAGGGAGCACAUGUUGCAGCAGGCGAUGGCUGGGAUGUCUGUGACAGGUGCCAAGAAGGAAUAA